AUGGCGGAAAUAACUUUAAAAAUUCAAGACCAAGUUUUUAAUGUUAAUAAAGAAACAUUGUGCGAAUACAGUGAUUAUUUUCGGGCUAUGUUUAGUGGAAAUUAUGCUGAAAAUGAACAGCAAGUAAUUUCUAUUGAUGUGCUAGAUCCUAAUAUAAUGAACAUUAUAGUGCAGUAUAUGCAAAUCGGUUUAAUAGAUCUCUCAGAAUUAGAUUUGCCUACUAUUGGUGAUAUAGCGAUAGCAGCAAAUUUUCUACAAAUAACCGAAUUGCUUAAACAAAUUGAGUAUACUUUAGAUUUGCAAACUUGUGAAUCUAAUUUCAUGGAAACAAUGGCUAUAGCUGAAACCUCAACGUUUAGGAAAUUAGAACAGUAUUCUGCAGCUUAUGGACUGUAUGCAUUUAGAUCAAUGAAGCCAGAAUAUAUACCAACUAUUCAUAAACUUGCUUGGUAUUUAUCACAUCCAUAUUUGGAUUGUCAGUCAGAAUUGGAUGUCUUUAAAUUUGGAUUUCAGUGGGUGUUGAAAAAUGAAACUGGUGCUGAUGCUUUACUAAUUAUUCUCGGCUGUUUGGAUAUGAAAACUAUGAGUAGUAAUGACUUUGAAGAAAUGAAAGUGUUGAUGAAAGACUUUGAAAACAGUUUAGCAGCAAAAGUGAUUGAGUGUAUCUGUGAAUUAUUAAAAAUGGAAGAAGAAAUAUCGUUGGAGGUAUUAGAUAUGCAUAAAUUGGAUGUAUUAGAAAAGUUCAAUGAAAGAGUGUGGACUGAAGUCAAAAAUAUUGUUAAAGAGAGUAAGACUCGACUUUUAAAAUAUACUCCAUUAAUUCCGAUGUGGUUACUGAAAGAUUCAAAGCCAGAAUUUCUGCCACAUUGUAUGUACACAUAUACUAAAGACAAUGGAUUUGAGAAAUGGUUAGAAGUGGCGGAGAAGAAUUUAUGGGGUUGGAAUGUAGUUGCGUGGGGAUUGACAAAACUUGUUAUUGUUUGUGGUGAAUAUGGAAGAGGCACUGGGACAUUCAUGAAGGAUGUUAAGGUUUAUGAUGUAUUGAGGAAAGAGUGGACGAGGCAUGGUGUUGAUUUACCUCCUAGAAGGCACAGUGGUGUCGCCGUUGUUGGAGAUUCUCUGUACAUAGUUGGUGGCGUAGGUGGGUUUAGGGUUGUAAUGGAUACAGUUAUUAUGUAUGACUUAAAACAACGUUCAUACAGGAAAAUUGCAAAACUUCCAGAUGCUAUACAAAACCCAGCGGUUUGUUCACAUGAAAAUAGGGUUUAUGCCGCUGGACAGAAGAAUAUUUAUCGCUAUGAGGAUCUGGGCACUACAGAUACGUGGAAAAAUAUUGUAGGGACCGAAAUCAGAAUGAGUUGUUUGAGGUCUUUCAAACAAUACAUAUAUUGCAUGCAAGGAUACUUUAGUCACCUAUACAGAUUUCGGCCAGAUGUUGACCAAAGAUUAGAACUUAUUACAUACUUCUCUAAUCUACCGGCUACUAUGUGUAAUUUAGGCGACAGUCUUAUAGUAUUCACAAGAACUGUUUGUGGUCAAUGCGAUAUUUUGGCUGUUGAGGAAUAUAGAGCAAAGUCUAAAUCGGAAAAACCAAGGGUUUUAGCAACACUAUCAAAAACUUCCAUGAGAGUGAAUGAUGUAGCGGGAUCUUGUGCAUUAGUAAUGACAGUACCACCAGUUAAGUCGCAAUUAUCUCAGUACCAGGAAAGAUAUUUAACAAGAUACAUUGAACCAGUAUGA